GACGGCUCGUCCACGUCUGUUGUUAUGGCGCACGGUAACCCGUACCAGCACACUCAUGUGUCCGAUUAUUACAGCCGCAAGCUCAGCAACAAGCCCGAUGUGGUGCCGUCCGGAGUCACCGAGAGGAAGGUGUUUCCCGCGGACAAACCGGACAUGGUGGCGCUGGACGUGCUGGGCAUCACAGACUCGGAUGCUCCAGUGUACAGGCAGAAGCAGGAGGCCGACACUCUUGUGCUGGGGACGAUCCACCCCUUCCGUAAAGCCCAUCGCUCCGUCCUGGGGAAGCUGGCACAGGAGUUCCGCUUGGUGACCUCUGACCGGCGGUCGUGGAAGAUCCUCCUGUUCGGUGUGUUGAAUGUGGUCUGUACAGGCUGUCUGCUGAUGUGGUGCAGCUCCACCAACAGUAUGGCUCUGACCGCGUACACGUACCUCACCAUCUUCGACCUCUUCAGUCUGAUCACGUGUUUGCUGAGUCUGUGGGUGACCAUGAAGAAACCCUCUCAGAUCUACUCCUUUGGUUUCCAGCGUUUCGAGGUGCUGGCGGUCUUCUCCUCCACUGUGCUGGUUCAGCUGGGUUCGCUCUUCAUCCUGAAGGAAGCUGCAAGCACCAGUUGGCUGCAGGAACAUGUGGCUGAUCUGAGCCGCAGUAACUAUAAUGCGAUGGAUACCGCGUCCGCCGUGGCCAUCGCCCUCAUGACCUUCGGCACCAUGUACCCCAUGAGUGUGUACAGCGGGAAGGUGCUGCUGCAGACCACGCCGUCUCACGUCAUCGGGCAGCUGGACAAGCUCCUGCGAGAGGUGUCCACGCUGGACGGUGUUCUGGAGGUCAGGAAUGAACACUUCUGGACCAUCGGCUUCGGCUCUCUGGCGGGCUCGGUGCAUGUGCGUAUCCGGAGAGAUGCAGAUGAGCAGAUGGUGUUGGCCCAUGUGUGGAACCGUCUGAGCGCUCUGGUGUCUGCGCUGACCGUGCACGUCUUCAAGGACGAGUGGUCUCGAGCAUCGCUGAGCUCCGGUGUUCUGCCCAGCGCACCGCUCAGCCUGUCAGAGUAUGUGACUGCCGCGGCUGUGUUUCCGGCAGCCCCGUCCCGAGCACAGGGCUCCGAGCCGACCCCCGCCACAUCCACACCCGCCAAACCCAGCAGCCCGCCACCCGAGUUCUCCUUCCACACGCCGGGCAGACACGUGCAGCCGGUGGUCUUCCAGACGGCACAUCCACACCGGCCCCUGUACGGCGGACUCCAGGGCCCUGGGGUGCGGCUUGGUUUGGGGCCGCGGGGGCCGACGCUGCAGGCCUACAGGACUCUGAGUGCAGCGCCACACACGUACACCAGUGGGACAUACACCGGCCCGCCCAGACCCUGACCCGCCACCUCUGCAGAAACAGUAUUUAUUCAGUAAUGGGACCAAGAGCAGCCGUUUACUCUCGCUGGAUGUUUUACCUGUGUUCUUUAUUUGUAUUAAACCGCUAUCAGACAUC